UAUUUGGAUCUAGGGUCUGACUCCUUGCCUUCUUAGGUGAAAGAGGAGGGGAAGACUCCGGCCGUUAAGAGUUUUGUCUUUGAUUUCUAAGUCUCGUUAAGUUGUUCUGUUAUGCUAUUACUUGGACUUCGUGGGUUCAACCCUGAUCCUUCUAUGUUUGAGGAAGAAGCAACGAUUUUGGGUUUGUGUUUAUCAGACUAUUCCUCUCGGCUGCUAGUCGCAGGGGUGCAACAGAUCUUGGUGUGGUGUUCUUUGAAAGUUUUCCUCAGGGGUAUUCGGAGAUUUAUUUGUUGUGGGUUUGAACUUCGAUUUCGUGGUGUUGAAUUUGACAAAGCACUCAUCUUACUUGAUCUAUAACGCUUCUCUUUACUUCAGCUCUGCUAUUCAGAAGCAGUACUUCGACAAGUAUGGCGAGAAACAGAUGAUUCCUGUAGCUGCCAAUGAUGUUGCAUUUUCAAUUCAUGCCGUUCUGUUGACAGCAAUUACAUUGUUCCAAAUUGCUAUCUACCAACGGGGACAUCAAAAUGUAUCUAAGAUUGCUUUGGCGAUUGUUUGUAUUGUAUGGAUAGCUGCCGCAGUUUGUCUCUUUGUAGCAUUGCAUCGCCAUUCUUGGCUCUGGCUCAUCUCUGUCUUCAACUCAAUUCAAAUUUGUAUGACAGUGAUCAAGUACAUACCCCAGGCAGUAAUGAAUUUCAUGAGAAAAAGCACAGAUGGGUUCAGCAUUGUGAACAUUUUGCUUGAUUUUCUUGGUGGGAUGACAAAUUAUGCCCAGAUGACUACACAGUCUAUUGACCAACAUUCCUGGGUGAACUUCUAUGGCAAUAUAGGGAAGACAAUGCUAUCUUUGGUAUCUGUAUUGUUUGACCUUGUUUUCAUGUUUCAACAUCAUUUCCUUUAUUCAGACAAGAGGAAGAAGCAUACAUCCCCUGAAAUCAACACCUCUUUACAUUCUCAAAAUGUUUAGAAAUCUUUCAUAUCUAAUUGGUUCAUUGAAUGUAUUAUAUUAGAAAUAAAUAAUUUAAUUUUAAAUAUCCAAAUUAUUAAAAAUGGUCAGGUCUACCUUUCAA